UAGCUUUGGUCGUACGGGAAGAAGAAACGCAGGGUUAAAGGGAAAGGCUGUAUGCAAUAAGCUCCAGCUGAGCGGGGCCUGAAGGGUGAUGGCGGCGGCGGCGGCAGUGGCGCGGCUGAGAGCGGGAGGCCCCGCGUCCCUCGCCCGGUUCCGAGGGGCGCUGGUCGGUGCCGUGCUUGGCGACUGCGUCGGCGGAGAGUUCGAAGGGGCGGAAGAUGUUCCGAUGGAGCGCGUCCUGCAGCAUCUGAACGGGCUGGAACAGGAUGACCGCGGCGAUGGAAUCCUGCAGUACAGUGAUGACACAGCUAUGACGCGCUGUGUGGUCCAGUCUCUUCUGACCAGGGGAGCCUUCGACCAGCAUGACCUUGCACACAGGUUUGCUGAGGAGUAUAAGCACGCUCCAGGACGGGGCUAUGGCUCAGGGGUGAUCCAGGUGCUGCGGAGGCUGUCCUCCCCUCGCCUGAGCGACGUCUACCAGCCUGCACGUGCUCAGUUUGGUGGCCGUGGCUCUUUUGGAAAUGGGGGAGCCAUGCGGGCAGCACCAUUUGCUCUGGCCUUCAGCGACCCAGUGGAUAUUAAGAGGUACUCCCGGCUGGGUGCCAUGCUGACACACUCCUGUGCUCUAGGCUAUAAUGGGGCUGUGCUGCAAGCCUUGGCAGUACAUUUGGCCCUACAGGGGGCGCUGGCUGUUCCCCAGGCCUUCAUCAACAGCCUGAUAACAGAGAUGGAGGAUGCUGAAGCAGAGGACCAUGCGCGUAGUGACGCUCGUGCACUGAAUGAACCAGAGUUCCCUUACUGCACCCGCCUGCACAAGGUGAAGGAGCUCAUGGAGAGGAGCACUGUGAGCAUCGAGGAGGUCAUUUCGGAGCUGGGGAACGGCAUCGCAGCCCUGCAUUCUGUGCCCACAGCCAUCUUCUGUGUGCUGCAUUGUCUGGAGCACCGAGCAGGCCUUCCAGAUGCCUACGGGGGCUUGCAGAGGACAUUAGCAUAUUGCCUAGCUUUGGGUGGGGAUACGGACACCAUCGCCUGCAUGGCAGGGGCCAUCGCAGGGGCUCACUAUGGCAUAGAUGCCAUCCCACCUGCCUGGCAGCGCUGCUGCGAGGGUGCGGAAGAGGCAGAGGUUUGGGCAGAGCACCUGCACCAGCUGUACCGUCGAUCACAGCAAGGAGGCGACAGUGAGAGCGCCCACACGGACACAUAAGGCUCACCAAGCUCCUUUCUCAUCAAUGGCAGCACACAAUACACUGACUGUGACAGGCACACUUACAUCCCCAACUCAGACAUGAAAGCAUGUCCAGCCGGAAGUCUCGUUUGACCGGUGUUCUGUUUUGGAAUGAUGUCGUAAUAAAUAUUUUGAAAAGUAUGUAUGUUGGUGUGAGUGCUGGCAAAACAGUAUUUGUCUGUCAGAAUACAAGUAAAAGUCAAACACCAGUUUUUGAACACGGCUAUAUCCCAUUGGAAGCAGUCAUCAGUUCUUUGCACACUCCAGUGUGACCUCUGUGAUCUGUAAUUACAUCAUAAGUCUGACCCUACCCCCUCAGUCAUGGAAUUAUCUUCCCUGUCACAGCUGGGACGUUAGCAUUUUCCCCAAGUAUAAAGAACUCUAACGACCCACAUCUUCAGGUAUCAUUUCACCCCGAGAUGCUUAAGAGGAGGCAGUGUGUGACUCAGUGGCAAGCCUGUGUGUCUGUAAUCAGAUGGUCACCUGCAUGAAAACAAAGAUCAAUAAAGUAUCAAUUAUUAUUA